UGUUGACGUUUGUAUGUAACCUCAAACGUACACGUACGUCUGUACCUUUUCUUUUAUCGUGCCUAUAUAAAUUAUGAGUGAAAUAUUAGAUCUACAAAGUAUAGAAAAUGAUGAUUUUUUUAAGCAAUUUCUCAGUGACGAGAAUAAGCAAACCGACAUCUCAAAACUCUUGUCCGUUGCUCAACAGCUUAAUAAACUUGGUCAGGCUCUGACAGUUCUUGAUGCAGAAUUGCACAAGCAAGUAUUAACCAAUCACGAGGAUUUGUUAUCACAAGUAACAUGGGUUGAGAAAAUUGAAGGAGUUCUCGCAAUAAUGAGAACUCACGUACAAAGUUUGUUGUCUGCUGUCGAGAGGCUGAGGGCCAAAAUAAUAGACCCUUUCAACCGAAUCGAAACGCAAACAGUUGUUUUGUCCAGACUACACGAAACUUCAGACUUGCUGCGAAGAGUCGCAAGAGUGCAACAUCUAUUACACUCACAACGAUUACAUGCUCAAAUAGGGAAUUCAUCACAGGGUUCUGACAUCAUCAAAGCUGCUAAAAGUCUUCACGAACUUGAACAGCUCAUGUCAGACACGGAUUUAAGUGGACUUGAUGUUGUUGCCGAUGAUCAACAAGCUGUAAAAACUCACCGUAUUAAUGUACAAAGAAUUGCUAAUCAUACUAUGAACCGAGGCUUGGAAACGACCAAUAGUGCACAAGUAAGUGUAGCGGUCCAGGUAUUCGAGAAUUUAGGGAUACUUGAAAAAGCUAUCGAAAGUACAGAAACAUCAGCCCUUGGAAAUAUCGAAAAAGUAGCCAAAGAAGCAUUAGAUGUAUCUCUACCCACGAGUCAAGAUCUUGCAAAGAAAGGCGGUGGGCCAGGAAGAGCAGCGAUUCCCUCUCCUGGAUCUUCCGGCAACGUCAGGACUCGAUUGUGGGAAAAUCUUGAUCGUUUAUUUCAAGAUACUGUUUACACUCAUUGUGUACAAAUCGAACUCCUGGAAAGAGUUCUCGUCGAACAUCAUACAAAAGGCUUCGAAACAUUGUCUGAGGACUUCUGGAAUAAAAUCAUGGCUCUUUUGUCAAAAGUCUUUUUAGAAAAAGCUCAAGGAUCGUCGUUUGUGAAACAAGCUCUGGAAGGUGAAUAUCCGAAAUUUCUUCGGGUAUUUCUAGAUGUGCGAAAACGGCUGAAGGAAAAGUCCCACGCUGCUGGUACUUACACACUAGGUCGCAACAUUCUACAACCAUUUGAAAAUGCGUAUUUGUCGCGUUCGGUUUCACGACUUUUGGACCCAGUUCAUACUAUGUUUUCCGGAGAUUCCGCUCCGGGUCAAGACGAAAUCGACAGUUUGAUCAGGACCGUGACAAGUGAGUUGAGCGUAUCGUUGGUGGACGAAGGAUUAUCCACGGUGGUAGCGAGGAACGUUGGAAAAGCCAUAAGGUUAUUUUGUCUGAAAUGCGAGCAAGGUUUAGUGACUGGUGGGGAAGCUAGCCAGGUGAUCGAUUCGCCAACUCCGGGUCAACAAUCGAACGUUGUAAUGGCAGACCUUUUGCAUUAUUUGGCGACUCAAACGAGUCGCGUAGUUGCCAACCUCGCGGGAAGUUUACCGAGUGAAGGAGCCACGAUCAUUGCCUCGGCUCUCGAUGAAAUUGACACAUUGACAAAAAAUAUUCUUGCCCCGCUUUUGUCAUCCAUCAAUGACGCUAUUGAAAGUAUUAUUUUGACGAUGCACGACGAUCCAGAGUUUCGAGAUCCAUCGAGUCCGCUUGGCCGUGAAAUCGGAUGUUCUCUUUACAUGAGAGAAUUGCAAGGCUUCAUAUUACGAUCUGUCACAACAUUUUUGGCGCCCUAUAAAAACCAAGCGGUGGUCGCUGAGUGCUGUAAAACCGUGGCUUCGAGAUGUAUCGAGCUCUUCGUCCGUCACGCCUGUCUGAUCAGGCCAUUAACUGACUACGGAAGAGCAAAAUUGAUUGCGGAUUUUACACAAAUGGAAAUAGCGGUAACGCCUUUGUGUCGAGGAGGACAGCUUGGAUUUUUGGAACAACAGCAGUACAGAACUUUGAGAGCAUUAAAAGUUCUUUUACCUCUCAGUCCUGAAGAAAUGGUUGAGAAAGUCGUGAAAGUUGAAGGUGAAGGCGCGGUACCAGCGUCACUUAUUUUAUUGCAUCUCUUUUCUGGGGCACCGGCCGAGUUGCAAUCGCCUCAUCAGAGCGCUGGCUGGUCCAUCAGUCGUUUAUCUCAAUGGAUGGACACUCACACCAGCGAGCGAGAACGUUUGGCUCUGAGCAGCGGGCCCUUGCAACGUUAUCAAUCGACAAUAAGGCAACGAAAUCUUCCCACGUUUCAUCAUUUAUUUCCACUGAUGACUAAACUAGCGAGCCUUAGUGAACGUACGAAUGAAAAUACAAUAAAAUAAAUUGUUUUUUUUUCUUUAAUAAAAAAAAAAUACUGAGAAAGCAGGUCCUUCCAAGCUGCCUUGUAACAUAAUAUAUCUUAUCUGUAUUAUAUGUCGAGUUUAUCCACAGUCAACAAAAUGAAUCUUACAUAGAAAUCGCCUUAAAUCUUAAAUUGGCAAGUAGAAAAGAAUAUUUCUUAGGCUUUUAUCACAGUGGAAUAAAAAUCAGGGUAAAUUAAGGUCUUGAAAUUCCUCCCAUUAAUCUUCGGCUAUCAAUUGUUCCACAAUCUUUGUACGUAUGAAGUUUUUGAUAAAUACAUUCCCGUCAUUAGCAUGACGCUAAUUAUAA